AAAAUAUCGCAAUAUGUUUGAAAGCAAUACAUAUCUGGCGUUAAGUGCCCUGUCGUUGGGAUUGGCAUCCGUUGUGUAUGUCUUUUACGGACCAAAACCGUCGCCGAAUAGGUCCCGAAGAAGCAAACGUAUGGCAAAUGAAUUGAAAUGCCAUCAGUCGUACAGUUGUGUGGAUGUAUUGAAUGCAUUGAGAGCUCACAAGUGGACCAUUUCUAAUGAAGAACAGGACGCCUUCGAGUUAUUUAAUGUUCUGACGGCAACCUUAGAGUCAGAGCUCUAUUCAGCGCUUCCCGUCUACUCUCUAAAGGACGCCCUCUUAGUAGAGGGAUUGAUGGGUGAGACUUCACCCGAGACCAGCCCUGCGAUCCACACGCGAGUCUCUAAUCUGAAUGUUUGCGGCGAUAAUCGUAUAGUAAAGCCAUUGCCCACUAAAGGCAUGCUUUGCUCCCAACUCUACUGCAGAAAGUGUUGCCAUAAAUAUCCGCUCCAUUUGGAUACAUUUGACACCAUAUCUCUUGUUAUACCCAAUAAUGUGAUCGGAAUUCCGAUUCAAUUAUACGAAUGUCUUGAGAAGUUUGUCAGUAAUGAAAUCAUACAUGAAGUCAGAUGUGAGACAUGUAUUAAGAAUAGCCAUCGAUUGGAUUCCCAAAGAAAGUCUGUUUUCGUUAAGAGGUUGACGUUCGCCAAAAUGCCUCAACUCUUAUGUCUUCAAAUCCAACGACUCGUUUGGUUAAGUGAUGGACAGCCUAUGAAACGCUGCGAAAACAUAAUAUUUCCAGAAUAUUUGAUUAUGGAUUCAUAUGUGUAUAACUCUCAUAAAUCUACUGUUGAUCUGAACCUAUCGACAACUACGGGUCUGACUGGAGGCGCCUCCACGCCAUUGAAGGGAUACUUGAAUGUGACAGACCAGUGCCCUCAACCCCAACCCCAUCCAGAUGGUGAUCACACUGUCAUCAAUGGAAAUACUAAUCCCUUCAGAAUUAAGUACAGAUACAAGUUAUGCUCAGUUAUAGUGCAUUUAGGCGACGCCUCUUCUGGUCAUUUCAUUUGCUACCGACGCGGCACUGAAACGCAUAAUCAAUUGAAGUGGUAUUACAUAUCCGACACAACUGUCCUCGAAGUGAGUCUUUCAGAAGUGCUCAACAGUUCUGCUUAUAUGCUAUUCUAUGAAAGAGUUGCCAAAUACUGAUUAUUCAGACAAUCACUCAAUGUUUGGACUCUUUAUGACAUUUGCUUUUGACUUAAUUUUUCGUUUACUUUUGGAUCG